AUGUCUGAACAGCUAUAUGUACCGAAUAAGAUUUCUCCGUCACAGCGAGUUCCAAACAAGGAAGCACUUUUGACGGAAGCCCUAGAAAACAUCGUGACUGGCUAUCCUCCCCGGGAGAGCUACGAUAUAGAGCUCAAAGGGUUUUGGAACGGACCAACGGGCAUUGCCUACUUAUUUCUUUGCGUCUCAGUAGCGUACCCUCGCCUAGAAAUCGCCUCCAAGUCUGCAUUACAUUGGGCAGAGGCAUACUCGACGGCCGAUGGACGCACGGAAGCCACCAUCCAGCAAGCGAGCCAAAGGUGUGGCAUUUCUGCGCAGCUGAUAAGCUACCAAGCUGUCCGCGCCGCUGUGACGAAGGACAUGCAGGUUGUGGACGAGUUUGUCCAGAGUGUGUCUGUGAUUCCGAGCCGCAAGCAUGAAGAUGAAUGGCUCUGGGGCAUGGCUGGUGCCUUGUACCUCAUCCGGGUCGUCAGGCAUUGGGUGCCCGCAAGUGCGAAGGCGCUCGAGGAACCAACAAGCCUAAUAAUGGAGGCAGUCAUCGCCAACGGACCUGACUGGGAGUGUAACAAUCAUCAAUGGCUUGGUGCGGCACACGGCGACAUUGGUAUUGUCACGGAGCUUGUGCUUACAUCGCCCAGCGUGGCGCCUCGCCUGGAGAAGAAGCUGGAGCAGCUGCUGGACCUGCAGACGAGCGACGGCAACUGGGCUGUCAUACCCGAGCCUAAGCCUCAUCAUAAACCAUACGUCCAGUUCUGCCACGGCGCUCCAGGAUUUGUAUUGAGUCUGAGGUCGCUGCGCCCCCAUUUUCCAGGCUUACAGGACAAGAUAGACAGAGCAAUCAAUCUCGGCAGUGAGUUGGUAUGGAAAGAAGGAGUACUGAGGAAGGAACCAAGUCUAUGCCACGGCAUUUUUGGAAACGCUCUGGCGUUGAUGCCAGAUCAGAGAGACCACUUGCUAGCCCAGGCAACGCCAGACAGUGUUGCUAAGGCACGGGCAGCCGAUCCAACCAUGUUUGAGGAGUCAAACUAUGGCUUUCACUAUGCUCUAUUUACAGGCUACUGGCCAAGUGCUGCGUGGGCUUGGUUUAGCUCUACCAGACAAGAGUCCUCUUUGAUUGGCUACAAUGACGUGUAA